CAAUACCUAAACAUUUAUAUUUGAAUCCUACAAAUAACAUCAAUAUUUAACUUUUAUACUCAUAAAAUAAAUAAUAAAAUAAUUUUUAUCAAUUAAAUUCUCUAAAAUAAUGUCAUUUUACUUAGAGAUUCGUAUAUCGAUCAUGCCGGUCAUACCAGUGGUGUCACGCCGGUUUUAAUAUCAAUUUUCUCAUACAAAUUAAUCAUACAAUAAACACCAAUCUGGAGCAUACAAGCAAACCGCAAAUGAUCAAUACAAAUUGUUCAAAAUUAAAGAUAAAUAUCUAUAAACAAUAAGAUUAAUUGAAAGUUUCUUCCUCGUCAACUAAGUUUCUUCACUCUCCACUUCAUAAUAUCAACUUCAUUCUAAACAAUUAAAUAGAACAAAUUAUACAUGUCUCCGCAAACAUAAAGAACAUUAGUUGUUUAAGGAAGAUAUAUUUAGAAUAUUAAAUAUACCGGGAAAGUAUUUAUAUGUGUGUGAGCGGGUAUCUAUGGGGCGGGUUUACAUAAACCCAAACCCAACCUGACCCGAUGAAUAGUGUAGCGGGUUUAAACCCAAACCCGGCCCAAAACCCGUCAACACGGGUUUUACCCGCGUUGACCGGAUUGGGUUGGGUGGGUACCCGUGGGUUCGGGUUUUGUUGUCAUCCCUAGUAUUAACAGCCUGUUUGGAUUGACAAAAAAGUAAGGAAUUGGAAUUCCAUUUCCAUGUAUCAUGUUUGGAUUAAUAAAAAGGUUGAAAAUUGAAUUUCAUUUGGGUCUAAAAUUUGGGAAUUACAAUUCCUAUCAAAAGUGAUAUGAAUUGAGAGAAUGGAGAUGAAAUUAGUGGGACCCAUCAAUAUUUUUUAUUAUUUUAUUGACCCAUUAUCAUUUUACUCUUUUUCUCUCUCAUUCGUAUUUCAUUUCUCAAAAUAAAACAAACAUAUUACAUUAUUUAUUAUGAUUAAAAGUGCAAUUCAUUUUCAUAGUUGUAAGAAUUAUACCAAACACUAGAAUUGGAAAUAGAAUUCUAUAAAAAUAAAAAUGAAAAUGAAAUUCCAUUUCCAUUUCUUCCGAAAUUGUAUUCAAAUAGGCUGUAAGGGAUUUCAAUUCAAAUCUGGCCAGAUGAUAAGUUUCCCCAAAUCCUCGGUGACCUUCAGUGAAAAUGUGAAGAUGCAUAACCAGCUUAUGGUGAGUGGGAUAUUGGGGAUGGAGAGGGUGGACAAACACCAGAAAUACUCAGGGCUGGCAACAGUGGCUGGCCGGUCGAAAAAAGAGCUCUUUACAGAAGCUUUGGAUCGCCUGAGGAAGAGAUUAAAAGGCUGGAAGGAGCGCACCCUUUCAGUAGCUGCCCGGGAAGUUCUUAUUAAGUCAGUAGCAUAAGCACAUUUUUACUUAUGUGAUGUCCGUGUUUCGAAUUCCAGAAGGGGUCCUGGCGGAAGCAAAUAAGUUAAUCAAUAAUUUCUGGUGGGGCUAGCGUGGGUCGGAAAGGAGGGCUCAUUGGAUCAGUAGAGAAGAGCUCAUGCAGCCAAAGGAAGAAGGGGGUAUGGGACUGCGCGAUUUAGGUGGUUUCAACACGGCUAUGCUCGCGAAACAGCUGUGGAAUCUCUAUAAGCGCCAGGAGUCGCUUGCUGCCCGAAUCAUUAAGGCAAAGUACCGAGCCUCCCACAUCAGUUCAUCACUUCGCCACCUACGGGACUACCGGUUGAUUCACUGAAUCAAAACUCAAAACUCUCCCCAGUGGCCAGUGGGUUAGCAACAACAAACCCUAACUAUUAAUUAGACUAUUUGAUUACAAUUAAACCACGGUUAAUCAACCUUUUUUCACUUCUUUACAGGAAAAUUAAAUGAAAAAUUUGAAAGAUAACACGUGGGGUCACAUAUCCACGUGGCGAUCCACGUGUUCACAUCUUCCCCAAAAGCCCUUUCCUCCAAUUGAAAAAGAGGGGCUCAGCAGCUGAGCUCCCUUAUUUAAGCGUUGUUUUGUCGUAAAGCUGGAUAAUAAUAAAAGCUUGGAUCUUGUGAUUUGAACUCAACUCAGUACACAUACUUACAUAAUUGGUCUCUCCCCCCCGCUUAAAAAAAUAUAUAUAUGUAUAAUAAUAGUGAAAUCUUAUUGUUUUAUUUUAUUGUCAAUUAGAGGUUAGUAUAAUAUUUUGGAUGGAUACUAUUUUAUUAAUUUGUCUCUCUUGGUUGUAACACCAAUUCUUCCUCUUCCCAUGGUCAGGUCAUAUAAUAAUACAAGAACUAGUUUGACAUAUUAGAAUCCCUAAUAUGCCUCGUAGGAUUGGGAGGCAUUGGGAGGGGGUGUUUAAUGGUUAGUUCAUUGCGGUUUAAUAGUGAAAGAUAUUUUAAGAUUAAGUGUCGGAUCAAUAUUGCAUUUGGGUUAUUUUGGUUCAAUUUGGUCUGGCCCAAAUGUCAAUUCGGAAGUAUCUUUAAAUUUUAUGGGACCAAUGACUGGACCACGAUAUAUCCGGUGUGGUAUUCUCGGCCCAAGCAUCGGUUUUGGUCUGGUGUAGUCCAGUACGAACCAACUCGCUGCACACCCCCUAGACAUUAGUAUUUGGUGGGUAGUUUUUAUUUAUUACGGACAGAAGGAGUAUGCAAUAUGAUUAUACGAGGUAAAUAAUGAUAUGUCGUCGGUCGGUACUAAACGAUUCACCAAUAAUAGAGACAAUUGUUUGCCACUAACGUUUGCUUGUUGGAUUUGAAAAUGAAGGUUUUGAGGAUUUGAAAACCUUUUGGAUUUAUGAUGGAUUUAUUGCAUUUUGUAUUUGAAAGAUAACAUUGUUUGUUUAGUUGAAUUUUUAUCAUGGAUUUUAGUUCAUUUGGUAUUUGGGUCUCAAAAUUUUGCCUUCCAUGAUGUGGUAGUAUUUGCAAAUACGUGGGGUCCACGGAUUUGGAGCUAAAAAAAUGUCCAAAUCCGUGGACCCCACGGAUUUGUAUACCUCAACAAACAAUGUUUUUGUAUCAAAUACAUGAUGCUUGAUAUUUGGAUAUCAAAUACAACAUCCAAAUCCCACAAGCAAACGACGCCUUUAGGAUUUGAAUCGUGUUUGUUUUUAUGAGGUGAUAUUAAGAUUUGAUCAAGAUUGAUAAUGUUUGGUGAUUGCUUAGGCUCUGAUUAAAGGGGAGGGGUUGCUAAUAUCGCGUUAAUCGUCUGUCAUUAGACUGUUAGGGGUGGGUGGGGAGUUGCUAAUGCGAUCUUUGAUUAAGAAAAUGAGGAAGAGUUAAAUCUGGAAUAGAAUAGGAUGGGGAUAUAUAAUAAAAAUAAUUUAAUCAAAUUCCUUUCUUUAUUACUUAAUUACUUAAUCAACCAAUAAGGAGCCAAAUGAAAGCUAAAGACUGAUCAGGGAGGUUAGGUUGGUCUGUAUUUUAUUGGGUUAUUAUGACAAGUGAGGUGUAUGUAUGCAUAGAUAAGAUCGCUAUCAGUGGAGAUUAAUCUAUUUAAUUAUCCUGAUGACUUGAUAAUUAACAUAAUAGGAUUAGUAUAAUAGUGCUUAGUUUUGUUGUUCAAACGUAAUGCUAAUCAUAAUUAAAAAAGAUAAGAAAGAGAAACCAUUAAACUAAGUGGGAGUGAAAGUUACUGUGUGAUGCCACACGUUUUGUCCCACUUUGUGGACUUUCUUGUCAUGUUUUAUAAUCAGAAGUUAAAAAAAAACAUUUGGUUUUUAUUUUCUCGUAAUAAUUCAAAAAAGAUUGCACCGUCAAAAUUUGUACAAGUGACAGUAUUUUAGGGGGGAGUCUCGUGAUCGAUCGUGAAUGAAUGAGGCCGACGAAAAUUCGCAAUUUUCUUCCUUUCUUCUUCCUCGUUUUUUCGACAAUCCUAUUUUUUUUUUCUUCCUUUUCGUCUUCUUGGACUAAAAAUAGGUCCUUUUUCCUAAUUGUGAUGUAGCUUUGUAUUUAAGGAUUAGUUUAAUUAGAGUUUAUUUCUCCUCAUAUCCCUUAGUUGAAAUACGUCUCUUACUUCCAACUCUCUAUUUCAAUCUCAAACAUGCCUAUCUUCCCUCACUCGCUCAUCCAGUAUCUUCGCGUGAACAAUACUAACAGAUCUAGACCCUUAAUUAGUUAUUCUGCUGAUUUUCAAUCCCCUCGUCGCUGCCUUCAACUUGUUAUUCAACGAUAUAGGCGGAACCUCGUGACUCAUCAUUCGCCCGACUCGCUCACCUGUACAUUCACUGAGCUAUGAGGCACUCUUAAGGGACUCCAAAUGGCGUGGGAUACUGGAUACCAAAAAAGUGAGCUUCAACUUGACUUAGGGACAACUGUUCACAUACUUUAUGCUUACAGACCAACCGACCACCAACAUGCGAGCAUGAUACUCGCUCCAAAAGGAAAACUAGGAGAAAAGAGUCAUCCACGUCUAGUAGGAGGCCAAUUUUCUAGCUGAUAACCUCAGUUGCGGAUCUAGGGGAGGGUCUGCCCAGACCAUGACCCAACGCUCUUCUAGGUCAAGAGCUAGUAUGCUAAACGAGACUUGCUUGCUUCUAGCCCUCUCAGUCUCUUUUUCGGCCAAGUGAUAAUCAUUAUAUAAUCAAUUCAAAUGCGUCCC